AUGGCGAUAGACAUGGAGACGGCACGAGAGUGGCUGACGUGGAGCUUCAGCCCGAGCAUCGGCGCCAUCCUCUUCACCCUGCUCUUGUCGCUCGCGUUGCCCAUCAUCUUCCACUUGUUCCUGUACCGCCAGCGCGCCGCUGUCGUUGUACCGUCUUUCGUCCUGCUCGGCCCUAGUGGUGCUGGCAAGACCACCCUCCUCACUCUAUUUGAACGCGGCACCCCGAGCGCUACCCACACUUCGCAGACACCUCAGACCGUCACCUGCACACUUCCUACUGGCAUCAGGGCCGAGUCUCACAAAUAUCGCGCUUCCGACGACCCUUCGAACAAGAAAGAGCGUGAAGUUCAUGUCACCGACACACCCGGCCACGGCAAGCUACGCCAGCACGCUUACGACGCCAUGGCUCCCGCCAGUCCCCUCAAGGGCUUGAUCUUCGUCGUUGAUGCAGCCGCUCUCUCCAGUCCUCAAGGUCUAUCCGAGGCUGCCACAUACCUUCACGACAUUCUACUGCUUUUGCAAAAGAGACACACGGGAGCAAAGACUAGCAAAGGUCCUACCGGAAUUCCUGUCCUGAUUGCGGCCAACAAGCUGGAUCUGUUCACGGCCUUGCCCGCUCAGUUGGUCAAGAAGCGCUUGGAAGACGAAAUCACAAAGAUCAGAUCGACCAGGGCAAAGGGAUUGCUUGACAGCGCGGUCGAUAUUGAGGGAGAUGAUGAGGACAGAGACUGGCUAGGCGAAGGCGGUGAGGGCGACUUUAACUUUGGGCAGAUGAAAGAGGCCGAGAUUGAGGUCAGCGUACUUGGAGGAAACGCAAGCGCAAAGGGCGACGGAAAGAGCAAGGUCGAGCCGUGGUGGGCUUGGAUCGCACAGCAAAUGUGA